AUGAUCACGCAGGGAGCAUUUGCUUGUACUCAUUCAUCUCUUUCGGCCCUGGAAUGGAAGUAUCAGAUCAGACCUAGUGCUCUUAUUCAACCCCGAAAACUAUCCUCAUCUUUGUUGAAUCGUCAACACAACUCGGAUCUAUUUCUGAGGACUCCUAUAAGGACAAGAUGCAUUUAUUUCUCUUGUCUUUACAAAAUUUGUCCAAGAAGAUGUGGCAUCCUCUGCAAGGCUCUCGCAAGCAAUCAUGAAGCUCCCUCUCCUCGAUAUAGGUAUGAUGUUUUCCUGAGUUUCAGGGGUGAGGAUACCCGCAAAAACUUUGUCGACCAUCUGCAUGAUGGUUUGCGGCAAAAAGGAAUUAUAGCCUUUCAAGAUGAUCAUGACCGAGAUCUUCCAAGGGGAGUAUGCAUCAAAUCAGGAAUAUUGGGGGCAAUAGAGAAGUCAAGAUAUGUACUUGUGAUAUUUUCUGAAAACUAUGCUUCUUCUACUUGGUGCUUGGAAGAAGUUGCCAGCGCUGUGGAGUGCAAGGAUAUCAAUGAAGGAUCAGUGAUACCGAUCUUCUACAAGGUCAAUCCAUCCGACGUACGGAAACUAAGGGGAAACUUUGGGACCGACUUUGCUAAAAUUGAGGAAACUCGUACGAAUGACAUGGGAGAUAUAAAGAGGUGGAAGAAUGCACUGACAGAAGUAGCUGCUCUAGCCGGAAGAGACUUGAAUGAUGGAUUUGAGACACAGUUUAUUCAGCAAAUCAUUGGAGAUAUCGAAAGUAGACUGAGUCUUCAGCGGUCCUAUGUAGCAGGCGGCCUUGUGGGAAUGCAUUCCCGUGUUGCAAAUGUAGUUCAACUUCUAUGCUUGGGUGAGGAUGAUGUGCGCAUUAUUGGCAUAUGCGGAAUGCGUGGCAUAGGCAAAACAACUGUUGCACGAGCAGUUUAUGAUAAAAUCUGCGGUGAAUUUGAUCAUGGCCAUAGUUUUCUCGCCAAUGUCGGAGAAAAUUCAAAAAAGUAUGGUCUGAUAUCUCUUCAAAACCAGUUUCUCAAGGAUAUUCUCCAAGGGGAAAACGUGAGAGUCAGGGACGAUCAGGAAGGAGCCAACAUGAUAAAAGAACAAGUGCGACAUAAAAAAGUUCUUCUUAUUCUUGAUGGCGUGGACAAAAAGAAGCAGUUGGAAAAAUUAGCGGGAGAUCUUGAUUGGUUUGGACCUGGGAGCAGGAUUGUCAUAACAACCAGAAACAAAAAUUUGCUUCUCCAAUGUGGAGUAAAUGCCAUAUAUGAGGCUAAAAAAUUAUCUAUUGAUGAAGCUGUCGAACUACUUUGUUUGAAAACUUUUAAAAGUAACCACUUCGUGCAGCAUGUAAAGCAGGUUACUCAACGCGCUAAUGGCCUUCCUCGAGCCCUUGAUGUCUUGGGUUCCUUUUUGGCUAAGAGAAUGUUGAAGCCAUGGCAGAGAGUACGUGACAUUCUUAAAAAACGUCUAGAAGGGAAAGUUUCUGACGGCUUAGAAUAA